GUGGUUACCUUACGCCUUCUCCCAAAUGUGUACUCUGUCGUGCAUUUACCCGUCGGAAUGUGAUUUUCUGGCGUGUUUCGUCAGAUUUGGCCGUCAAAUCGUUCUGAGUUUCGCAUGAAUAUUGCACUGCCAUUUGGAAAUAUCAGCAUCGAAUAUUAGCUGUAUCAUCCUCAGUACUGGGUCAGGGUGCCUGUGCCGUAUCUUGUCCAGAAGAAAGAUCUCUGCUGUGCUGUCAGUAUGGAAACUGCGUUUUCCUGUUCGCCGUGUUCUGCCAGGUUAGCAAGGGAAGAACUGACCAAGAACUGACUCUGCCUUUCACGCUCAUUUCUCAUACUACGACACGCGACUAGAGUCUACUCCCAUAGUGCUCGCGUGAGUAACUUAAAAAAAGGGGAAGUCCGUUUUCGUCCCCGUAUCGACGACGGUGUGCUGGUUCCUUUUUCGGCUCGAUUUCGUACAGUGAUCGAGACCCUUUUCGAUGGAAAACCGCGGCUUUCCCGACGCACCCGGUGCUUGUGGAGGCGACGGCUACGCUAGGGAGUGCAACGGGAACUUUCCGCCCCACUCAUCUCUGUCGCCCCUCGCCGAAUACACCGGCGUCUACCACUUCGAGCCCGGCCUGAACCGUCCGGCGAGUGCCGCGUCAGCGUGGAGAGAUUCGAACCCACAGGGUUAUGUGGACUACGGCAACGACUUCUAUGCUCGCAGGCGGGGCUUCUCAAAUUUCUCCGCUUCUCCAAACGCCGACGGUAGACAUCCCCAGGACGGCGGGAUGACCGCAAAGAAGGUCGCCGUUCCGCAGGAGAGGAACAGGAGGAAAGGAGAGCCAUUCCGUUACGACCGUCGGUUCUCCAAUCGAACCCGGACCGCGGUGCACGAACCGCAGCCUCCGCGGGAGGAGCACGGCUGGAUAGACAUGCCGGACCAGGUUGGCGUCGAGCAGUUCCAGCCUCACGGCCAGUCGACGAGAAGCUGGGAGGACUCGGCAGUAUAUUGGGGCCCCACCGUCGGCGCAGCGCCUCACGCGAAGGGCAGGGGCCGGAACCGAAAACAGGAUCACGACCGAAGACGAGUGCCCAAGGUGGCCGACCGCGGCGAACCUAGCGAGAGCGGGGCUCCAGAAGCGGACGGUGGCCCCUGCCUUCUUGAGACCUUCUUUGGCAUUAAACCUUCCGGGCAUAGUGACAGCAACACUCUAUCAAACCCUCAAGGAGUUGCAAAUGGUCGAGACAAGGAGCCCGUCACCGACACCGAGGCUUCUCCCACAGUUCGCAAGGAAAAGCCGGUUCGUUCAGCGAAACGGGGACGGUCGCAGCCACGCCGUCAAGGAGAGUGGAGGGAGAGGCCGCCGGCAGAGCAUGCCAGGGACAUGGCAGACGACGCGGGGACUGUAGCAGACGAUGGGGCACCAUCGAGGCAGAGGGUGCAGAGCACUGAAGGGCAGGGAAGGAAGGAACCGAGGCAGUUCCGAGAAUACGGUGGCAGGGAAGGCCGUAAUGGGUGGGGACAGGAUUCCGUGAGAGGCGGCCGGAGAGACUCGUCGGGUAGGACGUAUGACAAAAGGUCCGACAGAGAUAGGUGCAAUACUCGGGACUGGAGGAACGACUCCUCUUCCGGUGGAUUUGGACGGGAGGACGAUCGCAGAGCCCAGUGGGGUGGUCGCGAAAAGUCUUCGAGGGCAAGCGAGUCCCCUUCUUCGUCGAGUAAACGAUCGCCUCCGGCCAACAAGAGCUACCCCCAAGUCAACCGCAGGGACGAUGCUCCCCAGAAGGAUCGGCUGACGGAGCAGCUGCUGUCUGGCGAAUAUGAGUGCCUGGUGUGCUGCGAGCGGGUGCGGGGCUCGGAGCACACCUGGAAUUGCGCCAGCUGCUUCCACAUCUUCCACCUGCACUGCGUGCGCAAGUGGGCACUGUCCCCGGCCGCCCUCGUCAAAGAGGGCGGCUGGCGGUGCCCGGCUUGCCAGACGGCGGUGCGAGUGGUGCCGGACCGCUAUGUGUGCUUCUGCGGCAAGCGGACGAACCCGGAGUGGGACCGGUAUGGGGUGCCACACAGCUGCGGGGAGAUGUGUGGCCGGCUGAGGGGCCAGGGCUGCACCCACCGCUGCACACUGCAGUGCCAUCCAGGGCAGUGCCCGCCCUGUAGCGCCACCGUGCGCAGGGCCUGCCCCUGCGGGAAGCUCACCAGGCACGUGCGCUGCAGCCAGGAGCAAGAGGUCAGCUGUGGAAGUAUCUGCGGGAAACUGCUCAACUGCGAGAUGCACAAGUGCGAGUCGCCCUGUCACCCGGGUCCUUGCCAGCCCUGUGAACAGACCGUUCAUCAGAGGUGCUUCUGCGGCAAACGCAGCCAGGACGCCACAUGCACGCAGGAGGCGGUCGCAGCCCGCGAGUUCUGCUGUGGCGACCCCUGCGGCCGGGCCCUCUCGUGCGGCCGCCAUGCCUGCAAGGAGGAGUGCCACUUCGGGGGCUGUGGGCCCUGCCCCCUCUCACCCGCCUCCCUCACCCACUGCCCCUGUGGGAAGACCUUGCUGGCCGACGUGCCCGGCGUCGUGCCCCGAGAGUCGUGCGCCGAUUCUGUGCCAACCUGCGGCGAGACGUGCGACAAGAUGUUGCCCUGCGGACCCAAGGACAACUGGCACCGGUGCGGCGUUCCCUGCCACGAGGGCCCGUGCCCCCCGUGCCCACGCUCGACGCAGGUGCGCUGCCGGUGUGGCGCCACCUGCCGGGAGGUGCCGUGCCCCGAGGUGGCGGCCAUGGAGACACAGCUGUGCCAGCGGCGUUGCCAGAAGCGGCGUGGCUGCGGCCGUCACAAGUGCCUGGUGCCGUGCUGCGUUGACACGGAGCACCGCUGCCUGCUGACAUGCGGCAAGCGACUCUCAUGCAACUUGCACGUGUGUGAGGAGCCUUGCCACCGGGGAAACUGCCCCACCUGCUGGAACGUCAGCUUUGAGGACCUGACGUGCAACUGCGGCAGUGCCAGCCUGAGUCCGCCCGUGCCCUGUGGCACGCGGCCCCCCGAGUGCGGGCAGCCCUGCUCCCGCCCCCACCCGUGCGGACACCCCGUGACCCACACCUGCCACAGCGACCCCACCUGUCCCCCAUGCGCCGCCCUCACCGAGAAGUGGUGCUUUGGGAGACACGAGAAGCGCAAGGCGGUACCCUGUUUCCUGGAGGGCCUGUCGUGCGGGCUGUCCUGCCAGCGAGAGCUCCCGUGCGGCCAGCACCGUUGCCAGCAGACUUGCCACCUGGGGCCCUGCACCCCGGCCCAGCAGGAGGGAGGAGAGAGGAAGGGCUGCGGUCAGCGCUGCACCACCCCGCGGGCUGGGUGCGGACACCCUUGCGGGGAGCCCUGCCACCCGGGCAGGGAGUGCCCCGCCACCAGCUGCAAGACCCUGGUGAGCAUCUCGUGCGACUGCGGCCAUCGGUCGGAGAAGCUGCCUUGCGGGGGCUACUCCCAGGAGCCGGCGCCCUCCCAGGCCCCACAGGGCUUCCACCAGCUGUCGGCCUCCCUGCUGGCCUCCAAGAUCCAGGAGAUCCAGCUGGGGGAGUCUGUCGACAUCGGACAGAUGCUGGCGCUGGCCAGGGCCAGGCCGUCCAGGCUGGAGUGCAGUGAGGAGUGUGCGGUGCUGGAGCGCAACCGGCGCCUGGCGGCAGCCCUGCAGAUUCCCAACGCGGAUGUGUCUGGGCGGGCAGGGCCCCCUUCCUACUCGGAGUUUCUGCGGGAGGAGGCUCGCCGCAACCCGGCCUUCCUCUCCUCCCUGCACCAAAAGCUCACCGAGCUAGUGCAGACCGCCAGGCAGUCCAAGCAGAAGUUCCGUAGCCACAGCUUCCCCUCGAUGAACCGGGACCAGCGGCGGGCAGUGCACGAACUGGCCGAGUUCUUUGGCUGCGAGACCCAGAGCUACGACCAGGAGCCCUACCGCAACGUGGUUGUCACUGCCUACAAGGACCGCUGUCGCAUUCCCAGCGGCAGCGUGGUGUCUGUGGUGCAGCGCGAGGGUGUGGGCAUGCCCGGCAGGAAGGGCCUGGUGCCCCUGCUGCCCUCCUGGAAGAGGGACCCCCAGCCGCACAGCACCCCCUCCACCCUGUGCGCCAGCAGCGCCUCCAACGCCGGCCCCCGCCAGGAGCCACCUUCCGAAGCCACCCCUCCGGACUACUUCAACUUCGAAGCCUCCUGAUGACAACGAACCUGUUCUUCAGCAAACCUGAUCCCUCAGUGAAUCUGACUCUUUGUCGAACCCGAUUCUUCAAUGAACCCAUUCUCUCGGGGAACCGGAUUCCUCAGCAGACUCGAUUGCUCAGAACAAGAGGCCCCAGAAACAUUAACCGUGACCUUCUCUGGAACCAACUGGAAUUGUGGCGAACAUAUUUUCCCAUGAAAAGCGCAAACAGUUGAUCGUUGCAAUUCAAAUGUAUUGCAUGUGAGCUCGUAAAAUGUGCCAAGAAUUAGCGAGCAUACCGAGAAUUUUAUGUGAAGCAUUUCAGACCCCUCCGAGCGGCAAAAAGGAUGGAUCCGUGAUGUUGUUUGUUAAUUUCUUUUUAGUUUUAUUACCUUAGUUUUGAGUUUACUGUGUUCUAUUCGAAAUAUUGUGAUUUUUGUAUUUGGAGAUGUUUACAAUUUUUUAUUUGGGAGAUUGGUGAAGUUUUGUGGAAGUAAUAAGUACCUAACAGUUGGUCUAUCUUAUAGGCAGAUGUGCGGAGAGUGGAGCUUUACUUCGAAUUUAAAGAGUGUUUGUUUUCAAUAUAUGCAAGCUUUCAGGACUGGAGAACAUGAGCGAUCCUGAGGGAAAAAAAAAAACACAGUUUAGUUAUGUAAUUAUAACAGAUGCUAUAAUUCCUUGUGCUACAAGGGAAAAAAGUAUGUACGUCAUACUCAACAAGUUUUUAUAACUUGGACAUAGAGGAGUCUUUUUACCUCUUGAACCGAUCCUCAGAAUGGCGUGUUGUUGUUCUUGACAGUUCUUUCUAUCGCUACAAGAAGCAUUUUGAAUGGUGGUUUUUGGAGCAGCUCUUCGUUGUUUGUCUCAAGAUAGAAACCAAAGAUACUGCCAUUCUGCUCCUAUUAAUUGGGAAACUCAUGCCGCUUAUUCUCAAUGCUCGUUAAGCCUAUGUCAGGAAAAUACCGGCGAGUGAACCUCCCAAAUCAAGUAAAAGUACAGCCUUUGUCGAACAAAGGGCAGUUUAUUCCGAGUCUCAAAUUUUCAGGAGCCCAUAAAUGGAUGUAUGCAAAUUUCUUUUGGUCUUAAAAGGUGUUGCUUCGUGAACAUAUCUGCAGUGCUGUUUUGGAUUGGUUCAUAAACCAAAGACUUAAUACAUGCAUAGAAACUUACCUUUGCAUUUCAACAGCACUUAUGGUUGUGAAAGUCCUAAGCACUCGGACUGUGCCUUGAAUUCUGCUCGGAGCAGAUGGUUAGGCGAUCUGUACGGUAAUGUAUGUUGAUGGACCUAGGAAGUCAAAAAGUAGGAUUCUCAUUUGUUGCAGUUUGUUCAUGUAGUCCUGGUUUUUGUAACAGCACAUAAUUUUUACAAUUAAAUUUUUUUUUUCUUGU